AUGUCGGGGUCCACACAGCCCGUGGCGCAGACGUGGAGGGCCGCUGAGGCCCGGUACCCGCCCCACGGCGUCUCCUACCCUGUACCCAUCGCCCGGCCACACACGGACGUUGGGCUGCUAGAGUACCAGCACCACCCUCGAGACUUCUCCUCCCACCUGUCUCCCGGCUCCAUCGUCCAGCCUCAGCGCAGGAGGCCGUCUCUGCUGUCCGAGUUCCAGCCUGGGGGCGAGAGGUCCCAGGAUUUGCACCUGCGCCCCGAGACCCACUCGUACCUGUCUGAGCUGGGCAAGCCGGAGAUGGAAUUCAUUGAGAGCAAGCGCCCACGCCUAGAGCUGCUGCCCGAGCCCCUGCCUCGGCCCUCAGCUCUGCUGGCCUCAGCCCAGCCCGGUGGCUCCGAGGACCUGGCCAAGGACCGCAGCCUGACAGGCAAGCUGGAGCCAGUGUCCCCGCCCAGCCCCCCGCACGCGGACCCCGAGCUGGAGCUGGUCCCCCCGCGGCUGUCCAAGGAGGAGCUCAUUCAGAACAUGGACCGCGUGGACCGCGAGAUCACCAUGGUGGAGCAGCAGAUCUCCAAGCUCAAGAAGAAGCAGCAACAGCUGGAGGAGGAGGCCGCCAAGCCGCCCGAGCCCGAGAAGCCCGUGUCGCCUCCGCCCAUCGAAUCCAAGCAUCGCAGCCUGGUGCAGAUCAUCUACGACGAGAACCGGAAGAAGGCAGAAGCGGCACAUCGGAUUCUGGAAGGCCUGGGGCCCCAGGUAGAGCUGCCUCUGUACAACCAGCCCUCUGACACCCGGCAGUAUCAUGAGAACAUCAAAAUAAACCAGGCGAUGCGGAAGAAGUUAAUCCUGUACUUUAAGCGGAGGAACCACGCCCGGAAGCAAUGGGAGCAGAAGUUCUGCCAGCGCUACGACCAGCUCAUGGAAGCAUGGGAGAAGAAGGUGGAGCGCAUUGAGAACAACCCCCGGCGGCGGGCCAAGGACAGCAAAGUGCGCGAGUACUACGAGAAGCAGUUCCCGGAGAUCCGCAAACAGCGAGAGCUGCAGGAGCGCAUGCAGAGCAGGGUGGGUCAGCGGGGCGGUGGUCUCUCCAUGUCGGCCGCCCGCAGCGAGCACGAGGUGUCCGAGAUCAUUGAUGGCCUCUCGGAGCAGGAGAACCUGGAGAAGCAGAUGCGGCAGCUGGCCGUGAUCCCACCCAUGCUCUACGACGCGGACCAGCAGCGCAUCAAGUUCAUCAACAUGAACGGGCUCAUGGGGGACCCCAUGAAGGUGUACAAGGACCGGCAGGUCAUGAACAUGUGGAGCGAGCAGGAGAAGGAGACCUUCCGGGAGAAGUUCAUGCAGCACCCCAAGAACUUCGGCCUGAUCGCAUCCUUCCUGGAGCGGAAGACGGUGGCUGAAUGUGUCCUGUACUACUACCUGACCAAGAAGAAUGAGAAUUACAAGAGCCUGGUGAGACGGAGCUACCGUCGCCGAGGCAAGAGCCAGCAACAGCAGCAGCAGCAACAACAACAACAGCAGCAGCAGCAGCAGCAGCAGAUGCCCCGGAGCACCCAGGAGGAGAAGGAGGAGAAGGAGAAGGAGGCCGAGAAGGAGGAGGACAAGCCUGACGUGGACAAUGACAAAGAGGAACUCGUCAAGGAGAAGACAGAUGACACAUCAGGCGAGGACAAUGAUGAGAAGGAGGCAGUGGCCUCCAAGGGACGCAAAACCGCCAACAGCCAGGGGCGACGCAAAGGCCGAAUCACACGCUCCAUGGCCAACGAGGCCAACAGCGAGGAGGCCGUCACCGCACAGCAGAGCGCCGAGCUGGCCUCCAUGGAAUUGAACGAGAGUUCCCGCUGGACCGAGGAGGAGAUGGAGACGGCCAAGAAGGGCCUCCUGGAGCACGGCCGGAACUGGUCAGCCAUCGCCCGCAUGGUGGGCUCCAAGACCGUGUCACAGUGUAAGAACUUCUACUUCAACUAUAAGAAGAGGCAGAACCUGGACGCCAUCCUGCAGCAGCACAAACUGAAGAUGGAGAAGGAGAGGAACGCCCGGAGGAAGAAGAAGAAGGCUCCGGCCGCGACCAGCGAGGAGACCACCUUCCCGCCGGUGGUGGAGGACGAGGAGAUGGAGGUGUCGGGCGUGAGCGGGAACGAGGAGGAGAUGGCUGAGGAGGCCGAAGCCUUGCACGCCUCUGGGAGUGAGGUGCCCAGAGGGGACUGCAGUGCCCCAGUUGCCAUCAACAACAGCUCUGACACGGAGAGCAUCCCAUCGCCACGCACGGAGGCCCCCAAAGACGCUGGGUCAAAUGGCCCCAAGCCCCCACCGGCCCCGGGUGCUGAUGGGCCACCCCCUGCGCCGCCCACCCCACCGCCGGAGGAGCUCCCAGCUCCCACCAAGCCCGCCCCAGCCCCCGAGGACUCCGGUGUGCCCUCACCCCCACCGGCACCCUCGUCACCUCCUGCCCCCGUGGCUGCUCCCAAGGAGGAGAAGGAAGACGAGACCGUCGUCACCCCAGCCGAGGAGGGGGAGGGACAGAAGCCCCCUGUGGCGGAGGAACUGGUGGUGGACGUGGGGAAGACGGAGGACCCCGCGGAGGUGUCUGCAGAGGAGCCGGUCAGGUGCAAGGUCGAGUGCAAAGAGGAGGCGGAGGAGGAGGCCCCGGACAGGGCCACAGGCACAGAGGGCAGCGCCGAGGCCGCGCCCGAGGGCACCGUGAAGACCGAGAAGAAAGACGGUAUAGGCAGCGGCCCCAGCAGCAAACCCGCCCCGGCCAAGACCACCGGCGCCCCCCAGGACAGCGACUCGAGCGCCACGUGCAGCGCGGACGAGGUGGACGAGACCGAGGGAGGCGAGAAGAACAGACUGCUGUCGCCCAGGCCCAGCCUGCUCACCCCUGCUGGCGAAGCCAGGGCCCACGCCUCGUCCCAGAAGCCACUGGACCUGAAGCAGCUGAAACAGCGCGCAGCGGCCAUCCCACCCAUCCAGGUCACCAAAGCCCAUGAGACCGCCCGGGAGGACGCAGCCCCCCCAAAGCCAGCUCCUUCAGCCCAGCCGCCCCCACAGCACCUGCAGCCGGAGAGCGACGCCCCCCAGCAGCCUAACAGUAGCCCUCGGGGCAAAAGCAGGAGCCCAGUGCCUCCACCCGAGAAGGAAGAGAAGUCUGUGUUCUAUUCGGCCUUCUCAGCCGAGACCCAGAAGCUGCCCACGGAGACGCCGUGCUGGACGCCGGGGCUGCCCUUCCCCGUUCCCCCCCGGGAGGUGAUCAAGGCCUCCCCCCACGCCUCAGACCCCUCCGCCUUCUCUUACGCCCCUUCUGGUCACCCGCUGCCCCUGAGCCUACAUGAUAGUGCCCGGCCAGUGCUACCCCGUCCACCCGCCAUCUCCAACCCACCACCCCUCAUCUCCUCCACCAAGCACCCCAGUGUCCUCGAGAGGCCCCUUGGAGCCAUCUCCCAGGGUGUGUCUGUCCAGCUCCAUGUCCCUUACUCGGAGCAUGCCAAGGCCCCCGUGGGCCCCGUCACCAUGGGGCUGCCCAUGGCCGUGGACCCGAAGAAGCUGGCGCCCUUCAGCAGCGUGAAGCAGGAGCAGCUUUCGCCCCGAGGCCAGGCCGGGCCCCCUGAGAGCCUGGGGGUGCCCACAGCCCAGGAGACGUCUGUGCUAAGAGGGACGUCGCUGGGGUCGGUGGCGGGUGGAAGCAUCAGCAAGGGCAUCCCCAGCACUCGGGCACCAGCCGAGAGCACCAUCACGUACCGCGGCUCCAUCACCCACGGCACCCCGGCCGACGUCCUGUACAAGGGCACCAUCACCCGGAUCAUCGGUGAGGACAGCGCCAGCCGCCUGGACCGCGGCCGGGAGGACAGCCUGCCCAAAGGCCACGUCAUCUACGAGGGCAAGAAGGGCCACGUGCUGUCCUACGACGGUGGCAUGUCUGUGUCCCAGGGCUCCAAGGAGGACGGCAGGGGCAGCUCUGGGCCCAGCCAUGAGACGUCAUCCUCCAAGCGCACCUAUGAGAUGAUGGAGGGGCGUGCCAGCCGGGCCAUCUCCUCGGCCAGCAUCGAGGGUCUCAUGGGCCGCGCCAUCCCUACUGAACGCCACAGCCCCCACCAUCUCAAGGAGCAGCCCCACAUCCGGGGCUCCAUCACUCAAGGCAUCCCGCGCUCCUACGUGGAGGCCCAGGAGGACUACUUACGGCGGGAGGCCAAGCUGCUGAAGCGGGAGGGCACCCCGCCGCCCCCGCCGCCCCCACGCGACCUGAGCGAGGCGUACAAGGCCCGGCCGCUGGAGGCGCUGGGCCCGCUGAAGCUGAAGCCGGCCCACGAGGGCCUGGUGGCCACGGUGAAGGAGGCCGGCCGCUCCAUCCACGAGAUACCCCGUGAGGAGCUGAGGCGCACCCCCGAGCUACCGCUGGCCCCGCGGCCCAUCAAGGAGGGCUCCAUCACCCAGGGCACCCCGCUAAAGUAUGACACCAGCUCUUCCUCCUCCGGCUCCAAGAAGCAUGACGUCCGCUCCAUCAUUGGCAGCCCCGGGCGGACCUUCCCGCCCGUGCACCCGCUGGACGUGAUGGUGGACACGCGGGCGCUGGAGCGAGCCUGCUACGAGGAGAGUCUCAAGGGGCGGCCGGGGGCCGUCGGCAGCUCGGGGGGCUCCAUCACCCGAGGCGCCCCGGUCAUCGUGCCUGACCUGGGCAAGCCACGCCAGAGCCCCCUGGCCUACGAGGACCACGGGGCGCCCUUCUCCAGCCACCUGCCCCGAGGCUCACCUGUGACCACGCGGGAGCCCACGCCGCGCCUGCAGGAAGGGAGCCUGUCCUCCAGCAAGUCGUCCCAGGACCGGAAGCUGACGUCCACGCCCCGGGAGAUCGCCAAGUCCCCGCACAGCACGGUGCCCGAGCACCACCCACACCCGCUGUCGCCCUACGAGCACCUGCUGCGGGGGGUCAGCGGCGUGGACCUCUACCGCAGCCACAUCCCGCUGGCCUUCGACCCCACCUCCAUCCCCCGCGGCAUACCCCUGGACGCAGCCGCAGCCUACUACCUGCCCCGGCACCUGGCCCCCAACCCCACCUACCCGCAUCUGUACCCCCCGUACCUCAUCCGCGGGUACCCCGACACGGCCGCCCUGGAGAACCGGCAGACCAUCAUCAACGACUACAUCACCUCGCAGCAGAUGCACCACAACGCGGCCACAGCCAUGGCCCAGCGCGCCGACAUGCUGCGGGGGCUGUCGCCACGCGACUCCUCGCUGGCCCUCAACUACGCCGCCGGCCCUCGAGGUAUCAUCGACCUGUCCCAAGUGCCACACCUGCCCGUCCUGGUCCCGCCCACCCCCGGCACGCCCGCCGCCGCCAUGGACCGCCUCAGCUACCUCCCGCCCGCACCCCAGCCCUUCAGCAACCGACACAGCAGCUCCCCGCUGUCCCCAGGUGCCCCUGCUCACUUGAAGUCGACCUCUACGUCCUCAUCCGAGAGGGAGCGAGACCGGGAGCGUGACCGGGAGCAGUCCAUCCUCACGUCCGCCCCGACGGUGGAACACGCGCCCAUCUGGAGACCCGGUACCGAGCAGAGCGGGGGCAGCGCUGGGAGCGGGGGCAGCAGCCGCCCCGCCUCCCACUCCCACAGCCACCAGCACUCGCCCAUCUCCCCCCGGACGCAGGACGCCAUCCAGCAGCGGCCCAGCGUGCUGCACAACGCCGGCAUGAAGGGGGUCGUCACCGCCGUGGAGCCCAGCGCCCCCACUGUCCUGAGGUCCACCUCCACCUCCUCGCCUGUCCGCCCCACCGCCACGUUCCCGCCCGCCACGCACUGCCCGCUGGGCAGCGGCCUCGACGGGGUCUACCCCACGCUCAUGGAGCCGGUCCUGCUGCCCAAGGAGGCCCCGCGGGUGGUGCGCCCCGAGAGGCCCCGGGCCGACAGCCACGCCUUCCCCAAGAGCGUCGCCCACCACGCCAGCCUGGACCCGCCGGCGCUGCCCGCCUCGGCCGCCGACCCGCCCCGGGAUAAGACUCAAAGUAAAUCCUUUUCCAUCCAGGAACUGGAACUCCGUUCUCUGGGUUACCAUGGCAGCGGCAGCUACAGCCCCGAGGGGGUGGAGCCCGUGAGCCCCGCCAGCCCACCCAGCCUGGCCCAUGACAAGGGGCUCUCCAAGCACCUCGAGGGGGCGGAAAAGGGCCACCUGGAGGGGGAGCUUCGGCACAAGCAGCCAGGCCCCGUGAAGCUUGGCAGCGAGGCAGCCCACCUUCCGCAUUUGCGGCCGCUGCCGGAGGGUCAGCCCUCGGCCAGUCCGCUGCUCCAGGCCACCCCGGGGGUCAAAGGUCAUCAGCGGGUGGUCACCCUGGCCCAGCACAUCAGUGAGGUCAUCACCCAGGACUACACGCGACACCACCCCCAGCAGCUCAGCGCCCCUCUCUCUGCACCCCUCUAUUCGUUCCCCGGAGCCAGCUGUCCCGUCCUGGACCUGCGCCGCACCCCCGCUGACCUCUACCUCCCACCCCCUGACCACAGCGCCCCAGCCCGGGGCUCCCCGCACAGCGAAGGGGGCAAGAGGUCUCCAGAGCCCAGCAAGACCUCAGCCCUGGGCAGCAGUGAGGACGGCAUUGAGCCUGUGUCCCCGCCAGAGGGCGUGGCCGAGCCUGGGCAGCCCCGGGGAGCUGUGUACCCACUGCUGUACCGUGACGGGGAGCAGGCUGAACCCAGCAGGAUGGGCUCCAAGUCUCCCGGCCACAGCGGCCAGCCGCCAGCCUUCUUCAGCAAGCUGACAGAGAACACCUCGGCCAUGGUCAGGUCCAAGAACCAGGAAAUCAGCAAGAAGCUCAACAGCCACAACCGGAACGAGCCGGAGUACAGCAUUGGCCAGCCGGGUACAGAGAUCUUCAACAUGCCGGCCAUCAGCGGACCAGGCCUCGUGACGUGCAGGAGCCAGGCGGUGCAGGAGCACGCCAGCGCCAACAUGGGGCUGGAGGCCAUCAUCCGGAAGGCGCUGAUGGGUAAAUACGAACAGUGGGAAGACCACCCGCCGCUCGGCACCAACGCUUUUAACCCUCUGACCGCCAGCGCCAGCCUGCCCGCUGCUCUCCCCAUAACCACUGCUGACGGACGGAGUGACCACUCCCUCGCCUCGCCAGGUGGAGGAGCGGCCAAGGCCAAGGUGUCCGGCCGGCCCAGCAGUCGCAAAGCCAAGUCCCCAGCCCCAGGCCUGGCCUCUGGGGACCGGCCGCCCUCCGUCUCCUCGGUGCACUCGGAGGGGGACUGUAACCGCCGGACGCCGCUCACCAACCGCGUGUGGGAGGACCGGCCCUCGUCCGCAGGCUCCACCCCGUUCCCCUACAACCCCCUCAUCAUGCGGCUGCAGGCAGGGGUCAUGGCCUCGCCCCCGCCCCCUGGCCUCCCGGCGGGCAGUGGACCCCUAGCCGGGCCCCCCCCGGCGGCCUGGGACGAGGAACCCAAGCCGUUGCUGUGCUCCCAGUACGAGACGCUGUCCGACAGCGAGUGA